UGUCCACUUCUGCUCUGUCCAUAAGAUAACUCUAAAAGUUAAAAUGUUGGAAUUUGCUGGUGUUCUGUACUUCAUCUUUCUGAUACAUGUGCAAGGUUCUCCUAAUCAGAAAACUGUGACGUGUGAUGAUGAAAGCAUCUGUACAUUGGAAACGUCACAUGUGCUCAUUAAGUGCUCUUACACACACACCAACAUCCACACUGUGAUCUGGUUCAGUCCUAACCAAUAUCCCAGGGAACAAUAUCCCAAGGAUCUGGCUUUAGACUCAGAGUUCGCUGGCCGAGUGAGUCACACAGAGACCCUAAACUCCAGCACUCUGUCAAUAAGAGACGUGAGACUGAGAGACUCUGGAGAAUAUCACUUCAUGCUCGUUACAGCAAACGGAGAGAAAUAUCUCAGCUCAAUAGCCGUGAAUUUAACAGUGACAGAUCUGCAGGUGAGGAUACAUCCUGGCACCAUGAAGCAGCUAAAUCUCACCUGUAGCACCCAGUGCAGACUGACUGCAAACUGGAACAGCUGGUGGAAGAAUGGAAAACGUAUAAAAGCUAACCAAUAUACCGAGCCGCUUAUCUUAUCUGCUGGCGAUGGAGGCAGAUACUUCUGCUCAGUCAAAACCAAAGCUAAGGUGAUCCAUUCCCCUGCAGUAUGUAUCUGGGAAAAGAGCUGUUGGAAUGUGACUUACGCACAGAGAAGUGUGUGUGCUUUAAAAGGUUCAUCAGUGAACAUCCCCUGCACUUACUCGUAUCCCAGUGGAGAAAAAUUCCAUGAAAGCUACUGGACAUUCAAUUGGACUGACAUGAGACUCUUGGAGCAGUUUGCAGGCCGUGUGGAGUUUGUUGGAGCUAAAGAGAGUAAUUGCACUCUAAGACUGACUGACCUUAAAGAGAACGACUCUGGAGAUUAUCGCUUUCUCUUCACCAAUGAUACCACACAGCCAGUUUUCAGUAGCUCACUCAGGGUCCAGUUGAUUGUUACAGAUGUUCAGGUCAGGGUGAGUUCUGCCAACGUGUCCGAGGGACAGACAGUAACACUGAGCUGUAUCACCAGCUGUACUCUCCCUUACCAUACGUUUAGCUGGUACCAGAACGGCCAACGCAUAAUGAACAAACUCACCAAACACAACCAUCUUAAUCUGGAUGUACCUAGCUACAAGGAUAGAGACAAAUAUACAUGUGCUGCGAGAGUCAUUGAAGCAGAGAGCUACUCAGCAGCUUCCGGAGGUGAUUGGUGGUGGAUUCAGCAUGCUAUAUGGGCAGCAGGAGUAUUCAUGGCUGUAUUAACUCUACUUAUUGCCAUUCAGCUUAUCAGGAGGGCAAGACGAACAAAGAAUGAUACAGAUACUCAGGGUAUUUCAAACCUUGUAGAUGGCAUAUACACAGGUCUGGACCCUAUGACCAUGUCUCCGACUUAUGAUACUCUCAGAGCUGUAGAGGUUUCACUAACAGACACCUACACUUCUCUGAGUCCUGCAAACCGGUCCGCUGAGUACAGCACACUGUUUGCUUAUUCAAGGAUGAUGAGCAGAACAAAGAGAGAUGCACACAGUCAGGUUGCAAAGUCUUCAGCCAGUACAGUACAGAGAGAAGCCUCAGACUACGGAAAUGUGUAUGAAAAUGUAGAAUGCAAAAUUUAAAACAUUAAAACAUACAUACAUUCAACAUACAUACAUAUACAUACAUACAUACAUACAUACAUACAUACAUACAUACAUACAUACAUAUACAUACAUACACAUACAUACAUACAUAUAUACAUAUACAUAUACAUACACAUACAUAUACAUACAUACAUACAUACAUACAUACAUACAUAUAUAUAUACAUACAUACAUACAUACAUAUAUACAUAUACAUAUACAUACACAUAUACAUACACAUACAUAUACAUACAUACAUACAUACAUACAUACACAUACAUACAUACAUGGAUGGAUGGAUGGAUAGAUAGAUAGAUAGAUAAACAAGUAAGGAAUAAUUGACGACGGGCCGUUUAAUUAUUAGAUAAAUAAUGCACACCCGAGGUGGUAAUGCGGCCAUGAGGCAAAGCAGAGGCUUGAGCCAUUGAUGUGCAGUUAUUGGAGAGAAAGAGAGCAAGAAAAAAAGAAAGAGAGCCAGAGAGAGCAUGCAUGAUUGCAGUACUAAGGCAGAAAAGCCGGUUAGCUAGUCUCAAAAACCCUGUGAACAAGUAGGCCUGUCGAUAUUUAUUAAUUUAUUUAUAUAUAUUUGUUCUAUUUUUAUAUUAUCAGGAUGAAACAAAAAACAAAAAACUGUGAACUCUCCCUCUCUAUCUCUCUCUCUCUCUCUCUCUCUCUCUCUCUCUCUCUCUCUCUUUGUCUCACCCCAAUAACUGCAUAUCUGUGGCUCAAGUCUCAGUAAUAAUUGACGACGGGCCGUGGAAUUAUUAGAAAAUAAUGCAUUGAGGUGUAACGGUGUUCGUGUCAUGGCCGCAUUACCACCUCGGGUGUGCAGUAUUUUCUAAUAAUUCAACGGCCUGUCGUCAAUUGUUCCUUAUAUAUUUCUGUAAAAUCUCAGUUGUCUGUCGUUUUGUUUGUUGUUAGCUGUGUGUGCUGUGGUGGACAAUAGGCUAACUUUUCCAUUAUUUCAGUUAACUUGGCGAAGUGAUAUGGGACUGUAAUGCGGUCAAAAUGUGACCGGAACUACUUUAGCCGUCUACUUCAGUUCAGUUGAGUUCAGUUCAAGUGAUUUUAUUGUCAUUUCAACCAUAUACAGUUGGUACAGUCACAGUGAAAUAAAACAACGUUCAGCUUU